AUGGUGGCUCCCAGUGCUCACAAGCGGACGCUGUCGUUACUUGUGUUUGUCUUAAUCCGAUUGUGCAUGUGCGUGGCGGACGAUGAGUCCAGCGGUAAGACUGUGCCAAUGCUGGCCGAGACCACGACCAUGUUCCUCGGCUCGACGACGUUCGAAAUCACCGAGAUGACUGUAGGGGAAGUGCCAACAACAGGGAGCACGGCCAACGAUGUCACGACUACGGCAACGUCGACGACGAUAGAGCCCAGCUCCACCGCUGCCCACAUUACAGAGGCGUCGGCGGAAGAGGUCACCGAAGGGAGCACAUCCACAGAGGUAGUCAGCAGCUCCUCUUCCGGAACGCCGGCGCCUUCGACGCUGCCGGACGAUAGGUCGUCGCAAAUGACAACUCCCCAGUCGACACGGAGGGCAACCCUACAAGUGAGCCUGGGAGACACCGACCCACCUGGGCUACUUCUUCCAUUUCCACUGCCGCCACCAAAUCGAACCGAACCGUGGUUCAAGAAUCAAGCUGACAGCCGGCUCGUGCACCAGGGUGUGUGCGAUUACUGCCUGUUCGAUGGCGAGGGCAAUUUCACCAGCUACGGCUACCCCCUGGACUACCCUCCAUUGCUGGAGUGCACCUACCGCGUCAAGCGGGUGGGUGGUGCCUGCUCGCUUCGGGUGCAUUUCCACGACUUUGACUUGGAAGAGUCGCCCGAUUGCCGCAACGACUAUCUGGCCGUCGCCGACAAGCGGUUCUGUGGACGGCGCCGCUACCGUGGCCACACAGAAAUUGUGGAAUUUCCGAAGGACAGAGACGAGGUGACCUUCCAUCUGCACACCAAUCCACUCGUGUCCGGCAAGGGGUUCUGGAUCGAGGUUACCCGGCGGCCGGGGUUUUGUGACACACGCAAGAACGUCGUGGGUCCGUGCGAGGAGCGCCACUCUCAGGAGGAGUUUCAGCUCUGGAGUCCGGGAUUCCCGGAGCCGUACGCGACGAACCAGAAAUGUUGGUACUACAUCCGUCGAGCCACGGACUCCGUUUGUGGUCUCGAGCUCACGUUUCAGCACUUCGAGCUGGAGCAGAGCGAUGGCUGCGUCUACGACUACCUGGACGUGGACGGACAGAAGCUGUGCGGAUCCAUAACACCCGGCGCAGUCCGAGUAUUUAUGUUUAACCGGGAUCAACUACUGAUGCACUUCAGCAGUGACAGCCAGAACAACAAGCGUGGCUUUCACAUUAAGGCCCGACAAAUCACCACCUGCUACCCAGGAAGUGUGCUUCCUCCUCCACCACUGUGCGACAUGUGCACGGACCGCCUGAGCGACGACAUCACCAGCUACGGCUUCCCAACCGCAUACCGGGGCAACAUGCUGUGCCGCGUGACCAUCAGCCGGCCCUCGGACGCCUUCUGCGCGGUCGAGAUGCACUUUCGCGAGUUUGACGUGGAGAAGUCCUCGCGCUGCGACCGGGACUUUCUGCAGAUCGACAGGGACCGUUACUGCGGCACCAUGCUCAAAGGACAGCGCAAGCGUAUGGUGUACGACACGGAGGGCAACGCCGUGAUGGUGUUCAAGACUGACGAGUCUGUGUCCGGCAAGGGCUUCCAUGUGCGCUUUCACCAGGUUCCGUGCGGAGCUGCGCACCGAGACCCUUCUCCUGAAGUGCUUCGUUGCGUUCAGCGCUUCGACAGGCAACGCGAGUUCUACGUCCAGAGUCCUAACUAUCCAUCGCACUACUUAGACAACCAAGACUGUCGGUAUGUGAUCACAAAGGCCGGGGAGGACGUUUGCCACCUAGAGCUCGUGUUUGCUUCCUUCGACAUCGAGUCGUCACCAGGAUGCCAAUACGACUAUCUCGAGUUCGGUGGGCAGCGACACUGCGGUUCCCUGCCUGCAGACCAUUCAUACGUGAUCCCUUUCCUGGGCAGUGACAUGGUACUUCACUUUCACUCGAACGUAGCCACGACUCGACGUGGUUUCUCAGUGCGGGCCCGCCAGAUCAAGUGUGCGUUGGGAACAUCGCCAGCGCCCUCACCUCCAUCGCAGCUGCCGGGGCCACCAGGCUCCUCGCAUCUGGACUACGGCGCUGAAGACGGCAAGUCACAAGGCGUUACUGUCACGACCUCAACGCCCGUGCGCAUCUCGACGCCGUACAAACCAGGUUCUGUCAGCAGCACGACCGGCCAGCCAUACAUCACGCGUCGAUCCUGUGACGUCUACAUGGAUAAGAUGGAGUUCGAGCUGGAAAGUGCCAACUACCCUGGUGACUACGAAGACGGCACAGACUGCGUGUACACAGUUCGGCGUGCUCACGGCAACAUCUGCCAGAUGGAGGUCACUUUCCUGGACUUCCAGCUUCGGCCUUCAGACUCAUGCCACGGUGACUACCUGGCGAUCGAUGGCACACGCGUUUGCGGAACCGUCGUGCCAGGAACAGUCCGUGUGAUGGACUUCCGGGAGCCGCAGAAGGUGAUGCGCUUCCACACGGAUGACUCGCAGAGUGACCGCGGUUUUCAUAUCGCCGUGCGGCAGAACGAGUGCGACGACCCAGUCUCAACAUCUGGAGUUCGAGGCGGUCAGGCAGGAGACGAAGACGCUGAAUGCGAUGAGAUCAUCCACAAGCCCGAAUCCAUGCUUCUCAGUGCAAACUACCCAGGAAACUACGGGAACAACCUCGACUGCAGAUACACGGUUCGUAAGAUGAGCUCGUCAGUGUGCCGCCUCGAGAUGAACUUCGAGCGCUUCGACGUGGAAUCCAGCACCGACUGCGAGUACGACUAUUUGGACAUCGACGGACAGCGCCUGUGCGGGAUUUUUUCCCGCAACACAACGGGUAUGUACGACUUCGAAGAGAACGAAAAGCAGCUGCAUUUUCACUCGGACGCGGCAAACUCCCGUCCGGGCUUCCAAAUUCGGCUGCGCCAAGUUGAGUGUGUCAACGAGGACGAUGCGCAGUCGCCGCGGCCGCCGCCCUUCAGGCCCCUGCAAAGCGGCUUCACCACAUCAACACUGGGCGUCGGAGGCCAACAACCGGACCAGCACAAGUGCGACAAGAUUCUCACAAACAGGCUCUUCGAUGUGCGCAGCCCGAACUACCCGGGAGGCUACCCGCCUCACUUGGACUGCAAGUACAUCGUGUUUCAGGCUUCGCGUGACAUCUGCAGUGUGGAGUUCACCUUUAUCGACUUCGACGUAGACAAAAACAACGAGUGUUUCUCGGACUUUCUCGAGAUAGACGGGGAGCGCGUCUGUGGUGUCCUUCCACCGGGAUCAAAGAGACUGGUGCAUUUCAGCAGCUCACAGAUGGUGUUCCGCUUCCGGUCAGACCGAAGUGGAAGUCGGCCUGGUUUCCACCUAAAGGCCCGCCAAGUUGAGUGUGGCUCCCGGCUACCGCCGGUCACGGGACUUGAGAAAGCUCCGGCCCUGGGAUUACCAUGCAUGUACGAGUUUUGUGACCAGAGUGGCGUAUUUUACAGUCAAGGAUUUCCGGGCCCUUACCCAAACCAGAUGUCCUGCACUUACCGCGUGAUUGCGGCGGCUCCCGACAGAUGCAGGGUGGAGUUGUCAUUCAUCCAGUUCAACCUGAACUCAAACAACCGACCUGAUGGCCAGUGUGGUGCUGACUUCAUGGAGAUCAAUGGCGUCCGUUACUGCAACCGGCAGCUGGAGGGCCAGAUACGCAUCCUGGACUUCAAGGGGCCCCGGCGUAGCGUGACGAUGCAUUUCAUAUCGAAUGAUCAUGACGCCGGGAAAGGAUUCCUCGGCUUCUACAAACAACUGUCCUGUCCGAUGAGGGAAGUAGGUGAUGCCCGGCCUUUUUCAUCCCUGGGUGGUAGACCGCCGGAGCUCUAUCAUCCGAAGCCUUAUCCGCAUCAGGCUGAUUCUCUAGACGUCGCGACGAAACGGCAGCACCAGCCACUCAGCUGCGACCGACUGUACGCUCUCGAAGAGUUCGAGCUGGAGAGCCCCGGCUACCCUGGUCCCUACCGGCCGGGCCUCGACUGCCGGUACUUCAUUCGGCGACACAGCGAAGUCGUCUGCGCGCUGCUCGUCACCUUUGAUGCCUUCGACCUGGAGUACACCCCCGGCUGCCACAACGACUACUUGGAGUUGGCCGGCCACAAAAUAUGCGGAACAGUGCCUGCCGGAAAAACCAAGCAAGUGCCACUGCGAGACUUUCAAACCACAUUCAGGUUCCACUCCAAUGAAGCAGUGGAAAACCGAGGAUUCAUGCUCCGCGUGCGCCAGGUGGCCUGUGGAGAUGACGGUAGCGGUGGUUCACUCUAUGACAGGGGCUCCUCCCCGCCCCAAUACCCACACCACCCAACACUUGGAGUGGGAGGCCCGACGUCUGCAGGCGAGCAUCCACUGGGGACAGCCUUGUUUGCACCAUCCGGGGAUCCGACAUUCUACCCACCCUCUAGAGGCCUUUCAGGUGGUGUGGCCGCGCCACCUCUGGGAGCCCCCGCACUCGGCGGUGCUCCGGUGGGCCCUCCGUCAUACCCGAUCCUUCCUCCGGCUUCACCAUCCGGAGGUGGCCUAGCCCGAGCACAGUGUGACCGAGCCCUGAACGAGCCUUACUUUGAGCUGCGCAGUGCGGAUCUGGGGUCGGGAAACCUCGACUGCAGGUUUAUCGUGCGUCGCCGGGGCCCCGACCAAUGCCGUCUUGAGUUGCUGUUUGUGCGCUUUGACGUUGAUUGCAACCAGGACCAGUUUCGUGUGCAAGACGUUCAGAUAUGCGGCCGGCUGGAUCAUUAUUCAACGCGUACCUAUGACUUCGACGGACCUGAGUUGUACCUCUACUACCACACCCGAUCAGGAGGCCGCGCAUCAGACUUUCUCAUCAAGGGCCGUCAAAAAGGAUGCGCGGAGGCCGGAAGCGCAAUGCCGCCUGCUUCUCAGCCGGGUGGGUCUCUCGGUCCACCCGUACCUGGGCACGAUGGCAGUCACCCUCGUCACCAUGGAUCGCCAUCUUACCUACCACCUGCACCGCCCAUCAGUUACCAGCCACCUCCACCACCGCCUGGGGGCUCGGGUCGGGACCCGCAUGCCCUACCACCCCGUUAUCACCCUCAGCCGCCUUCCCACUCAGUUGGUGGCACUGGCGGCUAUUCACCGUCGGUGCACUACCCGCCACCUUCUUCGCACAUGCUUCGUGGUAGCGGACCACCGCCACCCAGUGGACACUACGGGCCGCCGUCUCACUACCCUCCGCCGGCGCCACCAUCUCACUACUCGCCACCCGCGCCUUAUUAUCCACCCUCACCGCACGGUGGACCUCCUGAACCUCGAGGUGGAUAUCGGCCCGACCAUCAAGGUGGCGGGGUGCAUAUCGGAUAUCCCCCUUCGCACCAUAGACCACCAGUCGAUCGGCCACCGCACGGACCUUCACCGCCUGGUAUGCCUUGGGCACCACCAUCGUCCGGAAGGCCCGAGUGGAGCUCUCGAGACAGCGGCCCCGCUUCUCGGCCAGCUGGCUACCCAUCACCGCACUCGCCACACGGCGGAACUCCCGGGUCGGCAGCGGGAGGGGCACCGCCCUACCCUCGUCCGGGUCCGGGCCAGGGUCCCGCCAGGCCUGCCACCGACUGCGACCAGACGUUCACGGCGCUCGAGAUGACGGUGCAGAGUCCCAACUUUCCGGGUCCUUAUCCGGCGCGCACCAUCUGCCGCUACGUGGUUCGCCGCUAUGACAGCGCCACGUGUGCCCUCGAGGUGCUCUUCACCCGCUUCGACAUGGAGCACAACCCCGACUGCCAGUACGAACACCUAGAGGUGGACGGUCGCAAGCUGUGCGGCACGCUACCCGAGAACAGCGUCCAGAAGUUUUCCUUCUACCAACCAGAAACCGAGAAAGUGCUGGUGUUCCGCUCUGACCAGGGCAGCCCUCGCCAGGGCUUCUCUAUCCGCAUCCGUCAGGUCACCGACUGCGCCGGUGCUUUCUCCUGGAUGCCCGGACAGGACAAAGUGCCCCCCGUGCCGCCGAAUCCGUUGUGCGACUACUGCCAGAGGGAGCCCCGUGGUCAGCUCUCCAGUCCCAACUACCCGCAGCCCUACGGCCCCAAUGCGCGCUGCACGUACCGUUUGGAGCCCGUGCCGGGCCAUUGCCAUGUGGAGAUGUACUUCCACCACUUCGACGUCGAGAGCUCGCCGGGAUGCAUGAAAGAUUACCUCGAGGUGGACAAGACCCAGCGCCACUGCGGCAACGACCUCAACAAGGCAAUCCGCAAGUUCCCCUUUCCAGAUGGUCCUUCGCCCGAGAUUCGGAUUCUGUUCAUGACGGACGGUUACAGUGGCGGCAAAGGUUUCCACCUCGAGUACCGGCAGCUGCCGUGCAAGUCUGCUCAACCUCCCUCCGCGAACGGUGACGGAGGUGCCAGUGCCCAGGGCUCCAGUCCGAGCAGCGGAGAGGCUGGCAAUGGUGGUCCCAUGGGCAGCUCUGCCAUGGCUAGUUCGGACCGCAAGCUGCUUUGGGUCAAGGGUUUCCGCGACAAGCCUGGCAUUGUCACGGCUAGCAUAUUUGUCGAGAACCGCGGCAAUGUGACGGCGAACAACAAGUUCCACCGAGACCACAAGAAGGCUUCCUGAAACACGGGAGCCUAAAAACCUCUCCACACGCACCUCUUGCAGCGCGCGUGGAAUUUCGACGCUGCGCCACGCCUUCUCCCUUAAAAGAGAGUGGGCGUGCAGCCUUGCGUAUGGCCACGCGCCCCCCUCUCUCUCUGAGGAGGCACCGCGUCCAAAUUCCACGGGCACUGCAACAGAUGCGUGUGGCCUUCCGGAACGCGAGAUUCAAUCAACGCAAAUGCGGCUGGCCCACGAUUGUGGUCUGGUAUCGACUCGCUGAGUGUCUCCCUGUUCCUCCAUACGGAUUCAAAACAGGACACGGUGCCGAUAGGCUACAUAAGGACGUGUAAUUCAGUCCGCUAUUUUUGCUAGCAUUCUUGUUAAGAUAUUUUUAUAGCCUACAGUUUCAUAGCCUCCGCAGAGUCAUGCAGCUUAAAUAGGCUGCUUAGACGCACUUAGUUCUCGUGUUUGGGUUUUAUCCAUGUUUCGCCGUAGCUCUAAUCAAGCUUCUCUCAGUCCACCUCAUAUUUAACAUAUCGAACAAACGACACGACUUUUUCCUAAAAGUCUGACAGGGGAAGUAUCUUCACGUGAUUGCUGAGAUCUAAAACAAGAUCUAGCGUACACGUGCACACGCAAUUCGUUGUUCAUUUUAGUAUAUCUUUGUAUAUAAAGCAAUGAACUUUUUCAAAGCAGGGCCAUGUUGUACUUGCAUUCAUAAGACUCUGCGUGGGGUGGAUAAUAUCUCGCAAUAUUUACGUUCGCUCUGCUCUGAAAACACAAAAUUUGCAUAAAAUUCCAGCUUUUGAUAUGUUGGUGUUUCAUUCCACCAACUGCCAUUCAUAAACGUUUAAAAGUAGAAAAGACUCACUAGCUUUGCUCAUUUUGAAAACAACAGGUUAUAUCUCCGUCAUGUCAUGCAGCUUUCCAGUGACUGUCGUACCGGGAUUUAUAUGAAGAUUUUGUCUACUUUGUGUGAUCUAGUGAUAUGUGCAGACAGCAUUUCUGGGGUCACAUGCCUCAACUAUUUUCUUCUUAUCUUGUGUCGUCGAGACGUUAAUAUUCUGUCACGUCAAAUACUUCGGAAAAAGUAUGUUUGCAAGCCCGUGAAACAGUUGGCCUUACUGGUUGGUACAUAGUGGGCUCAGAUUUCAUACGUGUUGCUGCGCACACACGGUGCCUUCAGCUUAAGGACAUAGGUGAAAGCUGUUUACACAACCUACAGAUGGUGACUGCACGUCGACAGAGCUACUGCGUUUAUGUCACACACGCAACGCAUUCUUCGUUCCUCUCACGUUACUGGCUACGCUUGGCGUCGUAAUCAUAAAUAUUCGGGUCACUUGCAUGUUUUGCCGCAAUGGCUAACCUGCUCUGUUAUUGGUAUGGACACUAUUGGUAUUUAGAAAUGUUCUCAGACGAUUUCGAUGCUAUUUGUGGCGUUUUUCUGCAUAGGGACAGUGAAUGUUAUUGAUGAAUUGUUUUGUACGCCUAAACAUUCAUUGCGUUGAUCAGAGGCCUAUUGACACUUGCGAUAACAUCAAGGUAUAUGUACACUUGUCGAGUAAGUUCCAUAGAAGCCCUUGUAUCCAGUAGUUGACGGCUCGUUGCCACCGUCAACGUAUAGGUAUGGAGGGGACAACUA